AAGGGAACGAAAGAUGGCGGCGGAAACGCUGCUGUCCAGUCUGUUGGGGCUGCUGUUUCUGGGUUUCCUAUUACCUGCAAGCCUGACAGGAGGUGUUGGGAGCCUGAACCUGGAAGAACUGAGUGAAAUGCGAUAUGGGAUACAGAUCCUGCCGUUGCCUGUCUUGGGAGGGCAGGCUUCGGAUGUGGUGAUUGUUUCUUCUAAGUACAAACAGCGCUAUGAGUGUCGCCUGCCAGCUGGAGCUAUUCACUUCCAGCGUGAAAGGGAGGAGGAGGCACCUGCCUACCAAGGGCCUGGGAUCCCUGAGUUGUUGAGCCCAAUGAGAGAUGCUCCCUGCCUGCUGAAGACCAAGGACUGGUGGACAUAUGAAUUCUGUUAUGGACGCCACAUCCAGCAGUAUCACAUGGAAGAUUCAGAGAUCAAAGGUGACGUCCUCUAUCUCKGCUACUACCAAUCGGCCUUCGACUGGGAUGAUGAGACAGCCAAGGCCUCCAAGCAGCAUCGGCUGAAACGCUACCACAGCCAGACCUAUGGUAACGGAUCCAAGUGUGACCUCAAUGGAAGGCCCCGGGAGGCUGAGGUUCGGUUCCUUUGUGAUGAGGGUGCAAGUAUCUCUGGGGACUACAUUGAUCGUGUGGAUGAGCCCUUGUCCUGCUCUUAUGUGCUAACUAUUCGGACUCCUCGGCUCUGCCCCCACCCUCUCCUCCGUCCUCCACCCAGUGCUGCUCCACAGGCCAUUCUCUGUAACCCCUCCCUGCAGCCUGAGGAGUACAUGGCCUACCUUCAGAGGCAAGCUGAGUCAAAGCAGUAUGAUGACAAAAUCACAGAGGAGCUCCAAGACCUGGACCCCCAAAUAUGGAGUGAGACCAAGUCUGAGGCAGUGCCUCCAAAGAAAGCAGGUGCAAGCCCAACCAAGGAUGACAGUAAGGAAUCUGAUUUUUGGAAGAUGCUUCAUGAACCAGAGGACCCAGCUCCAGGAGGAGAAGAGGUACAGGCAGAGGAGCAAGACCUGAACCUUGAGGCUGCAGUGGAUCCAGCUCCAGGCCCUCCUGAUGAUUUUCAGAACAACGUACAGGUCAAAGUUAUUCGGAGUCCUGCAGACUUGAUUCGAUUGAUAGAAGAGCUGAAAGGUGGAACAAAAAAGGGAAAGCCAAAUGCUGGCCAAGAGCAGCCUGGAGAUGAUGCUAUGGAAGCCCCUCAACAGGAACCUGUAGUGAAGGGAAAGGGUGACACAGAACAUCAGGGUGAGGCAGAAGAAGAGGACAAUGAUGAAGAUGAGGAUGAGGAUGAGGAUGAACGUCAACUACUGGGAGAAUUUGAGAAGGAACUGGAAGGGAUAUUGCUCCCAUCAGACCGAGAGCGGUUCCGUUCAGAGGUGAAGGCUGGCAUGGAACGGGAGCUGGAGAAUAUCAUCCAGGAGACAGAAAAGGAGCUGGACCCAGAUGGGCUGAAGAAGGAGUCGGAGCGUGAUCGGGCAAUGCUGGCUCUGACAUCCACACUUAACAAACUCAUCAAAAAGCUGGAGGAAAAACAGAGUCCAGAGCUGGUGAAAAAGUACAAGAAAAAGAGAGUUGUCCCCAAAAAGCCUCCACCCUCACCCCACCCUACAGAGGAGGAUCCUGAGCACAGAGUCCGGGUCCGGGUCACCAAGCUCCGUCACGGAGGCCCCAAUCAGGAUCUGACUGUCCUCGAGAUGAAACGGGAAAACCCACAACUGAAACAAAUCGAGGGGCUGGUGAAAGAACUGCUGGAGAGGGAGGGACUCACAGCUGAAGGGAAAAUUGAGAUCAAAAUUGUCCGCCCUGGGGCUGAAGGGACUGAGGAGGAUGCACGUUGGCUAACUGAUGAGGACACGAAAAACCUCAAGGAGAUUUUCUUCAAUAUUUUGGUGCAGGGAGCUGAAGAAGCCCACAAGGAGCGCCAGCGGCAAAAAGAACUGGAGAGCAACUAUCGCCGAGUGUGGGGCUCUCAAGAUGGAGAAGGCACAGGGGACCUGGAUGAGUUUGACUUCUGAAACUACCACAACAAGACCCUCCAAAGAGUACAGAGUCUUCCUGAAUGACCCUGCCUCCUYCUCAUCUCCCACCCCUGGGGCCCUGAA